UCUCAUUGGCUGAUUCCGCCGCCGCUUCCUGAUACGUAUCUUCGCUUGAAGGCGGAGUGUAGUUCGGUUGACGGAUGCUGAGGAGGCUCUCUGGCAACAGUCUCUCUGUAAACACACAGACUUAGACGCUUUUUGUUAAUUCUGUCGCUCGGUUCAGUGAGUUCAGUUUAAACCUCCAGACUGUUAGAGAUGGCACAGUGCUCCGAGCCCGCUAACGUUAGCUCCACGAUGAACGGAGAGCAGCAGGAGAGGAAGGUGGCUGUCAUCACCGGCAUCACCGGACAGGAUGGAUCCUACCUGGCAGAGUUCCUGCUGAAUAAAGGCUAUAAGGUUCAUGGUAUUAUUCGCCGUUCCAGCUCCUUCAACACAGGUCGCAUCGAGCAUCUUUACGGGGACCGUCAUGCGCACACUGACAACAACAUGAAGCUGCAUUACGGUGAUCUGACCGACAGCACGUGCCUCGUGAAGAUCAUCAAUGAGGUGAAGCCGACGGAGAUCUACAACCUGGGUGCUCAGAGUCACGUUAAGAUCUCCUUCGAUUUGGCUGAAUACACUGCUAACGUGGAUGGAGUUGGAACACUUCGUCUGUUGGACGCCAUCAAGACAUGCGGUCUGACCAACAGCGUCAAAUUCUACCAGGCCUCCACCAGCGAGCUGUAUGGCAAAGUUCAGGAGAUCCCUCAGAAGGAAACCACGCCGUUCUACCCUCGCUCACCUUACGGUGCUGCGAAGCUCUACGCCUACUGGAUUGUGGUGAACUUUCGAGAGGCCUACAACAUGUUUGCUUGCAACGGGAUCCUCUUUAACCACGAGAGCCCGAGGAGAGGUGCAAACUUUGUGACGCGUAAGAUCAGCCGUUCUGUGGCAAAGAUUCACCUUGGCCAGCUGGAGAGCUUCAGCCUGGGCAACCUGGACUCCAAGAGGGACUGGGGCCACGCCAAAGACUACGUGGAGGCUAUGUGGAUGAUGCUGCAACUGAAGGAGCCAGAGGAUUUCGUCAUAGCGACUGGGGAGGUGCACAGUGUGAGGGAGUUUGUGGAAAAGGCCUUCAAACAUGUUGGGAAGACUAUUGUGUGGAAAGGAAAGGAUGUGGAAGAGGUUGGCUGCUGCCAGGAGACAGGAAAGGUAUACGUGAAAGUGGACCCAAAAUACUUCCGUCCUACAGAAGUGGAGUACCUCCAUGGCGACUGCACCAAAGCAAAGAAUACCAUGGGCUGGACACCAAGGGUAACUUUUGAGGAGCUGGUGAGGGAGAUGGUGGACGCCGACAUCGAGCUCAUGAAGGCUAACCCAAACGCUUGAGGCCGGAUCAGUCAGUCCACCCUCAACUGAAGCAUUUUACACUCCUGUGCUCCAACACUGAGACCAGCAGCGGAAAGAGCGCGAAGCAUUUUUACCUUUUGUGACAUUUCCAAAUGACAUGAUAAUGUCCUUUGUCUUCUUGGUUAGGGAGGUUAAACUGAACCAAUCUUUGCCUUUGUGUCUUGGGUCUGUUGUUAGCGUGUCAUGUCAUGUUAGAUUUUGUUUUGUUAUCACAAAGCAGAGAUGCCUUUUUAUACUCAAACAUUGAUCAUGAUAUAAUUUAUAGCCAUGGGAAAUUUUAAGGGUUUUAUUUAUAUGCAUUUGUUACUUUUGAUUGUGGCUUUAUGAUCCUGUAAGAAUUGAGGUCUAUGUAAAUAAAUAGAAUGAUGUAAGAUUUUAUCUUUCACUGGCAAAAAUAAGAAUCAACGGGUUUAUGAAUGAUUUGACAUAUAAAUGAAGGAAUGAAACAUUUGAUAUAAUAAAAAAUGAUCUUCUUACA